AUGGACGAGAGCCCGAGGCCACCAUCGCCGUCUCGUCAAUCCCAAUCUCCUCCUCCACCUCCGCCUCAGUCACAUACAGGGUCGCCUACCGAUUUUUUGAAGGGUGUUGUCGGAAAGCGGGUUGUCGUUCGGUUGACUUCUGGUGUGGAUUACAGAGGUGUUUUAUCCUGCUUGGAUGGGUUCAUGAACAUCGCUCUCGAGCAGACAGAAGAACAUGUCAAUGGGGUGAUCACGAACCGAUAUGGAGACACUUUUGUUCGAGGAAACAAUGUACUGUAUAUCUCGGCUGCAGAGCCAUUGUAA